CCUCCUCCUCUCCCUCCUCCUCCUCCUCGCCGAGUCUCCUCCUCGGUGCUGACGGUACGGCGAUAGGAUGACGAUGGGUGUCACAACCCGCAUUUGAACUUGCAGGCGAGCUGCCCCAAGCCUUUCUGGGGAAGAACUCCAGGCGGGCGGGCGAACCAGCCGCGAACAUUAAGUGCUGCCGUCAGGCGCUGGGACUGGGAUCUGUGGCCAACCCCGCGACCUCCCGCAUCUUCCGGCUCCGUCCCGCACCGUCCGCACCCUUCCCCAGGCCACCGCGCUUCCUAUGUGACCCGCCCGGGCACGCCGAGCCCAUUCGCGCAGCGCUGCGGUGAAUUGUUGCCCACAAACUGCACUAAGCCGCCUUUCAAGGACAAGAUGUUGAUUAAUAUAAAGAGCAUCUUAUGGAUGUGCUCUACCUUAAUAGCAACCCAUGCACUACGUAAAGUCAAAGUGGAAAAAAGCCCACCUGUGAAGGGCUCCCUCUCUGGAAAAGUCAACCUACCUUGUCAUUUCUCAACCAUGCCUACCUUACCACCCAGUUAUAACACCAGCGAAUUUCUCCGAAUCAAAUGGUCUAAGAUUGAAUUGGACAAGAGUGGAAAGGACUUAAAGGAGACUACUGUUCUUGUGGCUCAAGAUGGGAAUAUCAAGAUUGGCCAGGGCUACAAGGGGAGAGUGUCUGUGCCUACACAUCCCGAGGACGUGGGUGAUGCCUCCCUCACCAUGGUCAAACUGCUUGCCAGUGACGCGGGCCUCUACCGCUGCGAUGUCAUGUACGGGAUUGAAGACACACAGGAGGCGGUGCCAUUGACCGUGGACGGGGUUGUGUUUCACUACAGGGCGGCAACCAGCAGGUACACUCUGAAUUUUGAGAAUGCACAGCAGGCUUGUUUGGAUAUUGGGGCAGUCAUAGCAAGUCCAGAGCAGCUCAAUGCUGCCUAUGAAGAUGGAUUUGAGCAGUGUGAUGCAGGCUGGCUGUCUGAUCAGACCGUUAGGUAUCCCAUCCGGACUCCUCGAGAAGGCUGUUAUGGAGAUAUGAUGGGGAAGGAAGGUGUCAGGACCUAUGGAUUCCGUUCUCCUCAUGAAACUUAUGACGUGUAUUGCUACGUGGACCAUCUGGAUGGUGAUGUGUUCCACAUCACUGCUCCCAAUAAAUUCUCCUAUAAGGAGGCCGAGGAAGAGUGUGAAAACCAGGAUGCCCGGCUGGCGACAGUGGGGGAGCUCCACGCGGCUUGGAGGAAUGGCUUUGACCAGUGCGAUUACGGGUGGCUGAUGGAUGCCAGCGUUCGCCACCCUGUGACUGUGGCCAAGGCCCAGUGUGGAGGUGGUUUACUUGGGGUGAGAACCCUGUAUCGUUUUGAGAACCAGACAGGCUUCCCUUCCCCUGAUAGCAGAUUUGAUGCCUACUGCUUUAAACCCAAACAGAAUAUAUCAGAGACUACAACCAUCGAUCUGAAUAUCCUUACAGAAACUGCAUCACACAGUUUAUCCAAAGAACUGCAAAUGGUACCUGACAGAACUACACCAAUCACCCCUUUAACCACUGACUUACCUGUCAUUACAACAAAGUCCCCUGCUGUGGGAAACAUAGCCAAUUUUGAACAGAAAUCCACAGCUCAGUCUCCAGUGGUCACACACAGAUUAGCCACUGAUUCACCCACACCUCCUGGGAGUACCAUAUCUGAAAUUAAGGAAGCAGUGCCCCAAAGUACAACCGUCACUUCCCGUCAUGCUACUGAUUCAUGGAAUGGUGUCAUGGAAUACAUGCCAACACAAGAAUCAGUUACACAAAUUGAACAAAUAGAAGUGGGUCCCUUGGUAACUGCUAUGGAAAUCUCAAAGCACAUUCCUUCCACAGAAUUCUCUGUAACUGAAACACCUUUUGUAUCUACAACAAUGACCCUGGAAUCCAAAACUGAAAAGAAAAGAGUAAGCACUACUUCUGAAUUAGUGACCACAACCCGCUAUUUCACCUUGGGAGAAGCUGGUGAUGGUGGUGAAGACAGAUCAUCUACAGUUAGAUCUGACCAGAGCACCUUGGUCUUCAGCCAAAUACCUGAAGUCAUUACAGUGUCAAAGACUUCAGAAGACACCACCCCCAGUCAACUAAUACCCGCAUUGAGAACGGAUACUUCUACCAAUGAUGAAAUACAGGAAAAGGUCACCAUCGACCCAUUUAUAGGAAAAAUGGAGGAAGAAGACUUCUCUGGAAUGAAGUUCUCUACAGCUUCCUCAGAGUCUUUGGUGGAAAUGACCAAAUCCUUUGAUUCACCAGCACUGACAACAGCAAAGCUAAGCGUUGUGCCAACAGCGGCAAGAGAUGUGGAGGAAGACUUUACAAGAACUCCAGUUGGAUUAGAAACAGAUGACUAUCAAGACACUCCAAAGUAUGAUGAGGGUAUUACAACAGUGCAUUCAACCCACAGCACUUCAAGUGUGGAGGUAGUCACUGUAUCAAAAUGGUCAUGGGAUGAAGAUAAUAUAACCGCAGAGCCGUCAGAGUCCACAGAACAUGCACGUUCUCCAAAAUUGCCCCCGGCCUUACUCACCACUACAGGAGUGAGUGGAAAGGAUGAAGAAAUCCCAGGUUUCACUCAGGAUGGAGGAGAUGAGUUUACUCUUAUCCCAGAUAGUACUCAAAUGCCAUUAGAGAAGUUUACUGAAGAAGACUCAACAGACCAUGGGAAAUUCACAAUUAGAUUUCAACCAACUACAUCAACUGGCAUUACAGAAAAGUCAACUUUGAGGGAUUCUACAGCUGAAGAAAGAGUUCCCCCUGUCACAAGCAUGGAAGAUCGAGCUGCUCAUGCAACUGUAGAAGGAAGUGCUUUGGAUACAGCAGAAGAUAUGGAUGUCUCUGAGCCUGUAUCUACUGUCCCUCAAUUUGCACCCACUUCAGAUAUGGAAGGAUCAACAUUCGUUAAUUAUAGUAGCACCCAGGAGUCUACUUAUGUAAGCACUUCCCAUACUAUUCCUCUUUCUGUAAUUCCCAAGACAGAAUGGGGAGUGUUGGUACCUUCUGUUCCAUCAGAAGGUGAAGUUCUAGGUGAACCCUCUCAAGACAUCCAUGCCAUUGAUCAGACUCACCUGGAAGCAACAAUUUCUCCUGAAACUAUAAGAACAACAACAGAAAUGGCACUGAGAACAACUCAGGAAGAAUUUCCCUGGAAAGAUCAGACUCCAGAAAAACCAGUUCCUGCCCUCGGUUCUACAGCUGGCACAGCCAAGGAGGCAACACUGCCUUUGGAUGAACACGACAGUGAUGGGUCAGCAUAUACUGUUUCUGAAGACAGAUGGGUGACGAGUUCUGAGAGAGUCCCAAUUUUAGAAACAACUCCAAUUGGAAAAGUUGAGCACACUCUGUCUUAUCUACCCGGUGCUGACACUGAGCACAAAGCAAAAACAGAUGAAGUGGUAAGGCUAACACCAAGCAUGGGGCCAACAGUAUUUUUAAGUCCGGGGGCUGAACAAAAAUAUGAAACAGAAGGUACUAGUCCAAGGGGAGUUAUAUCGCCUUUAAGCACCAGUGUUACCCAGCUUAUAGAAGAAGCCACUACUGAGGAAAGAGAGAAAACAUCCUUAGAUUAUAUUGAGUUAGGUUCAGGAUUAUUCGAAAAGCCCAAAGCCACAGAACUCCCAGAAUUUUCAACAAUUGAAGCCACAGUUCCAAGUGAGAUGACUACCGCCUUCAGUUCAGUAGACAGACUUCACACCACUUCAGCAAUCAAGCCCUCUUCAGCACCCACUGAGAAACCUCCCCUCAUGGACAGAGAACCUGGCGAAGAGACAACCAGUGACAUGGUAAUCAUUGCAGAAUCAACAUCACGUGUUCCUCCCACUACCCUUGAGGAUAAGGAAAUGGAAACCGAUAUCGAUAGAGAGUAUUUCACAACUUCAAGUCCUCCGUCUGUCACACAGCCAACAAGACCACCCACUGUGGAAGGCAAAGAGGCCUUCCGUCCUCAGGCACUUUCCACUCCAGAACCCCCGACGGGGACAAAAUUCCACCCUGACAUAAAUAUUUAUAUUAUUGAGGUCAGAGAAAACAAGACAGGUCGAAUGAGUGAUUUGAGUGUAAUUGGUCAUCCAAUAGAUUCAGAAUCUAAAGAAGAUGAACCUUGUAGUGAAGAAACAGAUUCAGAACACGAUCUAAUUGCUGCCAUUUUACCUGAGUUAAUUGACAUAGAUAUAUACCACAGCGAGGAAGACGAGGAGGAAGACGAAGACUGUGCAAAUGCUACUGACGUCACGACCACCCCAUCAGUGCAGUACAUAAAUGGGAAACACCUAGUCACCACUGUGCCCAAGGACCCAGAGGCGGCAGAAGCUAGGCGUGGCCAGUUUGAAAGUGUUGCACCUUCUCAGAAUUUUUCAGACAGCAGUGAGAGUGACACCCCUGAGUUUCCCAUGUCUGAAAGGGAAUCAUCUACUGCUGUGCAAACAAGUGAAUCUAAAGAAACAACAGAAUCGUUUGAAAUGACAUGGAAGUCUGAGACUUACCCUGAAACACCAGAACAUUUUUCAAGUGGUGAGCCUGAUAUUUUCCCCACAGUCCCAUCACACAAGGGCCAAGCCACAGCGGGAUCAGAAUCAGUCUCAGAUAAAGGGCCUGAGCCUGAGCGUGAUAGUCUGGUGCUUGAACAUACUGAACCUGUACCCCUCUCUUCUGAAGAGUCUUCAGGAGAUGCUGACAUCUACCAAGAAUCCCCAGAAAUGAUCUUUUCAAGGACCACGGAAGUAACACUUGGUGAAAAGGCAGAAAAAAGUACUUCUAUCACCUAUAUUCCAAGUACAGUUCCAAGUUCUGUGUCAGCAAAUAUGUUGGAGGAAGUAUCAGUCACAUUAACAGGAAAACCCAGGCCUGCUGACCCAUUGGCCACUGUGGAAAACUGGGUAGGAAUAACCCCUGGACAAAUUGUAGAGCUCUCUGGGAAUCCUUCACUUCUGAUUCCAGAAGGCUCUGGGGAAGAAGAAGAUAAAGAUCAAAUGUUCACCGUGGUAACCCAUUCACCACAGAGAAAUACUACCGGUACACUGGUUACUUUAGACACUGGCAAAACAAUGACCACAGACAAACUUUUUGAUGUCCCUGCAACUGCCGUUUACUUGGUUUCUGAACAACCUCCUACAGAAGUAGUGCCCACAAAAUUUGUAGAGGAAACAGACACGUUUGAGUGGGCUUUUAGUACGUCUCUUGAGGGAACGCAAAGGGAAGGUGAGGAGGAGGGAACUACAGCUUCUACAGUUCAGCUACAUAUGCCUACACAGAGAUCAGACCAGUUAGUUUUAUCCUCUGCAUUAGAAAAUGCAAAUGAAGCUACAUCUAGUGAUUCGGCAUCUGCUACUAGGAACAGUGUUAUGUCCUUAACAACACCCACACAGUCUGAAAGGGAAAUGACAAGUUCUAAUCCUUUCUUUCCAGAAACAGAUGUUUUAGACAAUCUGGGGACACAGACCACCAAGACCAGCAGUAGCAGUCAACCUGGGGUUCAGGAAGGGCAGGCCACUGUGCCAGGUAGCCCCGUCUCUCUCUCUAUGGAGCAGGGCUCAAGAGAAGCUGCCACUGACCCAGCAACCACAACUGUUCCUUCAUUUUCAUUAAAAGUAGAGCCUGAGAUUCAAAUUAAAAAGGAAAUAGCUAGUACUGUGUCUCCCCGUGUGGAAACUAUAUUCCCUUCUGAGCCACCAGGACUAGAUUUGAGUAAUGUAAUGGACAGAGAGGUUACUGAAGUUAUAAGCCAAACAUCCAAGGAAAGCCUUACAUCAGAGGUUUCAGUAGAACCAAAUCAUGGGACAGAAAUAAAGGGCUUCUCUACAGAUUUUCCUUUGGAGGAAGACUUCAGUGGUGACUUCAGAGAAUACUCGACGGUUUCUAAAAUCGUAACAAAAGAAGAAACAGUAAUGAUGGAAGGCUCUGGGGAUGCAGCAUUUACAGAUACCCAGAUUUCACCAUCGUUAACCCCUACUUCAGGCCACAUCAGUCACACAGCUGACUCAGAAGGACCUGGUGGCACCUUUGUCAGCACUUCAGCCUUCCCUUGGGAAGAGUUCACAGCCUCAGGCGAGGGCUCAGGUGAGCAAGUGGUCUCAGUCAGCAGCUCUGCUGACCAAGUGUUUCCCAGUGCGGUGGGAAAUGUUUUUGGUACAGAAUCUCCAUUUAUUGACCAAGUAUUGGGAGAAGAAGGUACUAUUCAAGAAGCUGAUAAGAGAGCCACCAGUUUACCAAGAGCAGAAGCUGAAGGUACUGAAGCUCUAACAGAAAAGGGGGAUGUGAAGGUUGAUGGCACAGUUUCAAUGGACUUUUCCCAGAUGAUAGAGCCAACCAAACUGUGGUCCAGGCAAGGAGUUAAUACUGUAGGACAAGAAAUUGAAAUCAAAACAACAUCAGAGGAAAAGAUUCCAGAACAAAAAUCUUUUGAAUCCCCCCAAAGCUCUGUUGCACCAGAACAAACAAUUUUUUAUGAAACUGGAUUUCAAACCACAGAUUACUCUAUACCAGCAACAAAGAAAACGUAUGAUGCUGAUGAGGAAAUGGAAAAGGAAGGCAUUUCCGUAGUUGACAUGUCUACUCCAGAUCCAGGAGCAAAGGGUUUGGAACCCUACACCACUCUCCCUGAAGUUACUGAAAAAUCCCAUUUUUUCUUGGCUACUACCUCAGUGACUGAAUCUAUACUAGCUGGAAGUAUAGUUAGAGAUUCAUCAAUCAAAGAGGAAGAAAACAUAAAAUCCUUCCCCAAAGCUAUGGAGCCAAUAAUUAAAGAGUUAGAUACCAAUUUAUUCUCUGGCCUGGGAUCAGGAGAAGAAGUUUUGCCUACCACAGUGUCAGUGAAUUUUACUGAAAUGGAACAAAUCAUUAGCACAUUAUAUCCCAAGGCUUCUCAAGUGGACAGCUUAGGAACUAGCAUCUCAAGUGAUACCACUGAAGACUAUGAGGGAAUGGAAAAUGUGGCAAAUGAAGUUGGACCACUCAUUUCUAAAACAGACAACAUCUCUGAAUAUAGUGAGACAGCAUCCAGCACAACUUUACUAGAAAUUUUAAGAGACACCAGAACGGAAGGACCAUCUUUAGCAACUCUCACCUUCUCUACAGACACUGAACAGCCUCAAAAUCAGACUCAGAGUUGGGAAGAAGAAAUUCAGAGUAGUCAACCACAACCUACCACUGAGCAAAUCUCUAACAAGAAUUCUUCAGUAGCAGAAACUAGAGAAACAGCAACCUCUUCUACUGACUUUCUGGCUAGAACUUCUGGUAUUGGAAUGGCCAGAGGAUCUGUUACACCCACAACAAAACCAUCUGACUUGUUUCAUGAAUAUUCCGGAGAAGGAUCUGGGGAACUGGAUAUAGUUGAUUUAGUCCACACUUCUGGAACCACUCAGGCAACCAGAAAAGGAAGCACCACAUUUGUUCCUAAUAGGCCCCUGGAGAAACAUCCUGAGGAUCCAAGUGCUAAAACCAUUACUGUUGACGGGUUCCCAACAGGCUCAAUGGUGCCACCUCUUCAUCUAGAGCAGAACGAAAGCUCCCCAGAUCCAACUAUCACAGUGUCCAACACAGUGUCAUAUAAGAGGUCCACUGAGGGUGCAGAUACUUUCCCCCACCAUUUGGGGGGAUUUGAGGAUUCCACCUUAAAACCUGACAGAAAAAAAGCCACUGAAAAUAUUAUUAUAGAUCUGGACAAAGAGGACAAGGAUUUGUUAUUGACAAUUACAGAGAGUACCAUACUUGAAAUUCUACCUGAGCUCACAUCAGAUAAAAAUACUAUCAUAGAUAUUGAUCACACUAAACCCAUGUAUGAAGACAUCCUUGGAAUGCAAACGGACAUAGACCCAGAGACACCGUCAGGACCACAGGUCAGUAAUGAAGACAGCACUCAAAUUCAAGAGAAGCACGAGGCAGCUGCCAACCUGUCCUUAACUGUGGAACCCUUUGAAGGUUCUGGUGACGCUCUGCUGGCUGGCUACACUCAGGCAGCACAUAACGAAUCCGUGACUUCUGAAGACAGAAGCCAGUUCAAUCACAUGGGCUUUAUCUUCACAACUGGGAUCCCCAUCCCAAGCACAGAAACAGAAUUAGAUAUUUUUCUUCCCACAGAAACAUCCUUGCCCAUUCCUAGUAAGUCUGCCACAGUUGGCCCAAAUAUCGAAGAACCAAAAACUGAAGCUAAAGCCCUGGAAGACAUCUUUGAAUCAAGCACUUUGUCUGAUGGUCAAGCUAUUGCAGACCAAAGUGAAGUAAUAUCAACAUUGGGUCAUUUGGAAAGGACACAGGAAGAGUAUGAAGAGAAGAAAUAUGUUGGUCCUUCUUUUCAGCCAGAAUUGUCUUCAGGAGCUGGGGAGGCACUAAUAGAGUCUACACCCCAUGUAAGUAUUGGUACUGUCCACCUCACGGCUCAGAGUUUAACAGAAGCACCUCAUGUGGUGGAAGGAUCGAAUCCCCCAGAUUACACGGAUACAACAUCACCGGUGUUGGCCUUUGUGAAGCUGUCCCCUCAGACAUCAUCUCCAUUCACUGUGCCCUUAGGCAGUGGAGCGUCUGAACACACAGAGAGCCCCCAGCCGAGUGCUCUGCCUGGUGUAGAUCCUGGCACAUCUCAAACGUCCCCCAGAAGGUUGGCAAAUAUUGAGGUGACUUUCCAACCAUCAAGUGAAGAGUACAUUCACAUAACUGGGCCUCCAUUCUCACCUCCUGACACAGAGUCAGAAUCUUCAGAAGACGAAACUAAACCUAACUUUUUAGAACAAAUGGAAGCUUUCCCCACAGAACUAAUUGCUGAAGAAGGAUCUGAGAUUCUCCAAGAUUCCCCAAACAAAACCAAUGUUCAACUUUCAGGAGAAACAACCAAAGUAUUUCCUAGUAUGAGAACCUCUGAGGCUGAAGCCAUUGUCACGGCUGCAGGUGAAAUUAAGUCAGAAGGUGCUACACUGGGGCCACACCCUACUUCUGCUUCUGCAACCGCUGGGACUGGGGCAGAUGUGGUGCCUCCGCCCAGCCCACAGACUUCUGAGAAGCCCACGGUUCCUUCUCAGGAAAUAAACUCUGAAACACAGACAGCUUUGACCGGAGGGCAGGAUUCCACAGUGGCAGCAUGGGGACAGCAAGUGUCAACAAGAAUUCUUGAUUCCAACAAUCAGGCAACAGUGCGCACGGCAGAGUUAAAGAUUUCGCUUCCAACACCACCACUUUACCUUCUGGAAACUUCUAAUGAAACCGGCUUCCUGAUUGACAUGAAUGAAGAGUCAGUGGAAGGCACAGCAGUCUAUUUACCAGGACUUGAUCGUUGCAAAACGAACCCGUGCCUCAAUGGAGGCACCUGCUAUGCUACUGAAACUUCCUAUGUGUGUACCUGUGUGCCGGGAUUCACUGGGGACCAGUGUGAACUUGAUUUUGAUGAAUGUCACUCUAACCCCUGUCGCAAUGGAGCCACGUGUGUUGACGGCUUCAAUACGUUCAGGUGCCUCUGUCUUCCCAGCUAUGUUGGUGCACUUUGUGAGCAAGACACCGAGACAUGUGACUACGGCUGGCACAAAUUCCAAGGGCAGUGUUACAAGUACUUCGCCCAUCGACGCACGUGGGAUGCAGCCGAACGGGAAUGCCGUCUGCAGGGCGCCCAUCUCACCAGCAUUCUGUCUCACGAAGAACAAAUGUUUGUGAAUCGCGUGGGCCAUGACUACCAGUGGAUAGGCCUCAAUGACAAGAUGUUUGAGCAUGACUUCCGCUGGACUGAUGGCAGCACACUGCAAUAUGAGAACUGGAGGCCCAACCAGCCAGACAGCUUCUUUUCUGCUGGCGAAGAUUGUGUUGUCAUCAUUUGGCAUGAGAACGGCGAAUGGAAUGAUGUUCCCUGCAAUUACCAUCUCACCUAUACUUGCAAGAAAGGAACAGUUGCUUGCGGCCAGCCCCCUGUUGUAGAAAAUGCCAAGACCUUUGGAAAGAUGAAACCUCGUUAUGAGAUCAACUCCCUGAUUAGAUACCACUGCAAAGAUGGUUUCAUUCAACGCCACCUUCCAACUAUUCGUUGCCUAGGGAAUGGAAGAUGGGCUAUGCCUAAAAUUACCUGCAUGAACCCAUCUGCAUACCAAAGGACUUAUUCUAAGAAAUACUUAAAAAAUUCCUCCUCAUCAAAGGACAAUUCAAUAAAUACAUCAAAACAUGAUCACCGUUGGAGCCGGAGGUGGCAGGAGUCCAGGCGCUGAUCCCUAUAAUGGCGAACAUGUGUUUUCAUCAUUUCAGCCAAAGUCCUAACUUCCUGUGCCUUUCCUAUCACCUCGAGAAGUAUUAUCCGGUGGUCUGGAUUUAUGGACCACCGUCCAGUCAGUUGGGGUUGCUGCGCUCCCAAAACAUCUUAAAUGAAAGCAUUGGCAUUCAAAAAGAAAGCAAAUGAUAUGAAAGAGAACAAGGGCAGAGAGAAACCAUUUACAGCCUAUCUGAUGUCUUCAGUUUUCUGUUUGCCUCCAGUGCAGACCAUUUUAUAAUGUAUACCAGCCUACUGUACUAUUUAAAAAGCUCCAUUUCAGCACCAAUGGCAAUGUAAAUAAGAUGAUUUAAUGUUGAUUUUAAUCCUGUAUAUAAAAUAAGAAGUCACACUGAGUUCUGGCAUAUUUAAUGAUGAUUAUGGAGCCUCCAAGGUCUUUAAUCAUUGGUUUGGCUGCUUUGGGUAGUUUGUUUAGGCUGGAAAUGGUUUCACAUGCCCUUUGACUGUCAGCAAGACUGAGGACGGCUUUUCCUGGACAACUAACAAACACAAAGUCUUGUAGGCCACACUGCACCAUCUCAGCCUUAGCUGCAGUUGGCUUCACGUGCUGCUGAAGCCUGGCUAACGGGACCUGAUGGGAUGAGGGACCGCGAUGUGGAACUCUUCUUUGCUGCAUUCCUUUUCCUUCACUUACAAGAAAGGCCUGAAUGGAGGACUUUUCUCUGACCAGGAGCAUUUUUAGGGGUCGAAGUGCUAAUUAUUAACUCAACCAGGUCUACUUUUUAGUGACUUUCAUAACACUAACUUGCAAGGUUCCAGAUCAACACAUUUCAAAUGGAUAUAGACCCAGGGCUCUGGAGGGUGGGGAAUUGUUAAAACAACACACGUUCAAAGAAAGAAAUUUUGUAUAUAUAACCAUUUUAAUCUUUUAUAAAGUUUUGAAUGUUCAUGUAUGAAUGCUGCAGCUGUGAAGCAUACAUAAAUAAAUGAAGUAAGCCAUACUGAUUUAAUUUAUUGGAUGUUAUUUUCCCCCAAACCUGAAAAUUGACAUAGUGUGCUAGUUAUUUUUUCAGUGUUAGCCUUUGUACUUCUUUCACACAGUUUGGAACCAUAUAAUCUUAGGUACUUUGUCCCUGAUUCAAUAAUGUGAUGGAUAGAAUGCAUCAAGUGUUUAUCAUGAAAAGAGUGGAAAAGUGUAUAGCUUUCAGCAAAUGGUGUUUGCCAAUUCUAAGCAAGGAGCAUAUAUAUAUAUAGAAAUAGUUAGGUGUAUGUGUUAAAAUGUCUUCCUAUCACUUCCCACUCGUUUUCUCCCCUUUAUUUGAAUAAACUGGCUGCCGAAGAUGACUUUGAACUAUUAUCCACUUAAUUUAAUGCUUAAAUAAAAAUCUGUAAUGAAAAGAAGGCAUUUAGGAGUCUUUCCCUAAUUUCAGUUAGAAUGAUCUUGAGAAAAGUAGACAACCUAUGAAAUGCAAAUAGCAAAAGAACAGCCCCGACAUUGAUUCUUUUCAUGAAACCUUCUUUGGCUGAGAAGGAACCACAGUGGCUACAAUCAUUCACAGUGUCUUUGAGCAAGUUCCCUGGUUGUUGCAUUAACUGUAGUCCACCGCCGAGUGUUCCAGAGCACAGAGCAACAGUGUGUGGACCCAUUAGGUUUUACUUUUCCCUCUUUUAUUACAAUGCACAUAAUACUUCCUGUAUUUAUAUUAUACCAUGUAUAGUGUAAAAUGUGAAUGAUUGUGUGUGUUUUUUUUUGUGAAUGAAAAUCUAAAAACUUUGUAACUUUUUAUACCUGCUUUUGUUUCACCAAAGAAACCUAAAGUCCUUCUUUUA